AACACCAAGUCGUAAGUCGACCUUCGUCUCCCUAGUUGCUUGAGAACUGCCAAUGUGAAGAGAGUUGUCGAGCUCGUUUAUUUGUUGCUUGUCGGUCUCGGUUUUUAAAUAAUUCUAAACUUGUUUUGUUUAAAAAGCAAUAAUGGUUUAUAAAAACAUAACAAAUUAUUGAUCACACAAACAUAACAAAAGUGCGCUAAAAGCCAACAACAACAACAAAAUACUGUAACAACAAUUUCCAAUUAACAAAUCAAGAUAUCCAUCGUAAUUACCUGAUAAUAGUUUGAGUUACUUUACGGCUUUGUGAUAUCUUUGGAAAAUAGCACAGACACAGAUUGCUGGGAUUAUGAUGAUUGGCUUCUCCUCAGGCGGAUAGAAUAGUUGCAGCUGAGCAGAAUCAGAAUAGUAGCAGUUGUGUGCGACUUUUGUUUAUUGGGUGCUGCUGACUUAGUAGUUGAGAUAAAUUUAAGCGGAUAAACUAAACGACCACUACAACAAUAACAAAAGCAUCAUCAUCAUCAUCACAUAAUAAAAUUACAACAACUAGAAUCCACAAAAAAAAAAAACAAUAAUAAUCAACAUUCCAGUAAAAGCAACAGAAGCAGCGCAAGCUUCAUAAACAAAGCCAGGGAGUUUUGAAUCCCAAUUGCCGAGCAAGUCUCAGUGGUAUUGAAAACAAUCAUUAUUGCCAGAGCAAACAGUACGCUUGUUGGACUCAUGAGAACAAAAAAACAAACUGUAACUGAAUCAUCAUCACUAACAACAACAUUCGUCAACUGAAAAAAAGAAUAAUACUACAAAUUUGAGACCGAUUUAUGUGCUAAAUAAAUAAAUAGCCAGCCGGGAAAGAAGCAACGUAUUUUUUUCGCUUCAAUUUAAUAAUAAUAAUAAAAACAAAGAAAACACACAAAAACGAAGGUGCUGGAAACCGGAACCGCCAAAGCGGAGCAUAGAAAAAAUGCAAAAUAUCCACAACAAAUAGUGAAAAUUUAUUUUGGGUUUUCUUUUGCGUUUGAAUCAAAUCUGUCAUUUAUUUUUGAAGUAUUUUUGAACGUUUUUGCUAACAGUAACCUGCACGACAAUUAUGGCACAUCCACGCAUUUUACUGUUCUACAGUAGUUGUCUCUUAGUGCUGGCAUAUGCACGAACAGAAUUACUCUUCGAUCAGGAGAAUCGAAAAGAUCUGAAUGUGUGUAAAACCAAAGUAACAUAUCCCGUGACAGUUGUCACCACAGAAUUACAAAACUAUCAAGUACGAACAAAUAAUUGGUGUUUCAAUGUCCCACCACGAUGUUCAUCAUACAAACUCCAAACGCGGGUGGUUAAUAAAACAACAACGCUGUAUAAGGAACGUUUCGAUAUAGACUGUUGUGAGGGUUAUAUGCGCAAUCCCGUGGACGAUACUUGCAUACCCAAGUGUGAUGAGAAAUGUGUCCAUGGCGUUUGUGUGGCACCCAACAAAUGCAAAUGUGAACAUGGCUAUGGUGGACCUUCCUGUGACAUAAAUUGCCCCACUGGUUAUUGGGGUCGUGACUGUAAAAAACAAUGUGAUUGCUAUAACAAUGCCACCUGUGAACCAUAUACCGGUGCUUGUCAGUGUGACAAAGGUUAUACGGGGGAAAAGUGCCAAGACACUUGUCCCCUGGGUUAUUAUGGUGCCGAGUGCUUGGAGGAAUGUAGGUGUGAGAACGGCGGUUCAUGUCAUCAUGUGUCUGGCGAGUGUAUUUGUGCUCCAGGUUUCACGGGACCAUUAUGUGAAGACCAGUGUCCAGAUGGCAAACAUGGCGCCCAAUGUAAACAGGAUUGUCGUUGUCAAAAUGAUGGUAAAUGUGAUCCUCAGAAUGGUGAAUGUAUGUGUCCACCGGGUUGGACGGGAGAUGUGUGUGCCAACAAAUGUCCCACCGGUACGUACGGACCGAAUUGCGAAGAACCCUGCGAAUGCUUCAAAGGUGCACCCUGUCAUCAUAUUAGCGGAAAAUGUGAAUGUCCAGCUGGUUAUAUGGGAGAUAGGUGUUUUGAUGAAUGCCCCUCGAAUACAUAUGGCCUAAAUUGUACCCAGGAAUGUCAAUGUUUAAAUGAUGCCACCUGUGAUAAGGCAACGGGUGUUUGCCAAUGUCGUCCCGGUUGGAAGGGUGAAGAUUGUGGCACUCGAAUUUGUCCUGACAAUGAGUAUGGCAUCAAUUGUACCAAAUCAUGUGAAUGUGAAAUGCAAUACACCGAACUAUGUCAUCCUGAGACGGGAAAAUGCCUUUGCCAGGUGGGCUGGAGUGGUACCCUAUGUAACCGGCCAUGUCCCUUCCUUAAAUAUGGAGCGAAUUGUGAACUAAACUGCAAUUGUAAAAAUAAUGCAAAAUGUAAUCCCAUUAAUGGUACCUGUAUUUGUGCCCCUGGCUACAAGGGUGACACCUGUGAAGAGCCAUGCGAUGAGGGUUAUUAUGGUCAAGAUUGUGCCCUGCCAUGUGAUUGUCAAAAUGGUGCAAAAUGUGCACCCGAAACGGGACAAUGUUUCUGUACGCCCGGCUGGAAGAAUCUGAAAUGUGAUCGCCCCUGUGACUCGAAUCAUUAUGGCCAGGACUGUGUUAGUGUGUGUGAUUGUAAGAAUAAUGCGGCCUGUAAUCCCACAGAUGGCAAAUGUACCUGUCCGGCCGGUUAUAAGGGUGCCAAGUGUGAGCAAAAGUGUGAUUUUGGCACUUUCGGUCAGGACUGUGCCCAACAGUGUGAAUGUGAUUUCAACAAUACAAUUGCCUGUGAAAGUUCCGAUGGCAAAUGUAUUUGCAAGCAGGGAUGGGGAGGCGUUCAUUGUGAGACCAACUGUAAACCAGGUUAUUAUGGUGAAAAUUGUGAUCAAGUUUGCAGAUGUAAAAAUAACUCGUCAUGUGAUCCGGAUACGGGACGUUGUAUCUGUGCGGCCGGCUGGACCGGUGAGGAUUGUUCCAAGCCAUGCGAAGAGGGCUCCUAUGGCAAUGGAUGCAAAGAGAAAUGCCCCACAAUUGUGCAUGGCAAUAAGAGUUGCGAUCACAUAACUGGUGAAAUACGUUGCCGCGAUGGUUAUAUUGGUCUGACAUGUGAACACCCAUGUCCAACGGGUUAUUAUGGUCCUGGUUGUACGAAAAAAUGUAACUGCUAUCAUGGUGGAGAAUGUAAUCACAUUACCGGCGUCUGCCAAUGUAUGCCCGGAUGGACGGGACAGAGUUGUAAUAUGACCUGUCCGGAUGGUUAUUAUGGACAGAAUUGUUCACAGGAAUGUCAUUGUCAAAAUGAUAAUGGCUGCCGUAAGAAUGAUGGUUUGUGCUUGUGCAAACCUGGAUGGAUGGGUACGCGGUGUGAUGAAGUUUGUCCCGAAGGUUUCUAUGGCGAACACUGCAUGCGUUCCUGCCAAUGUGCCUCACCCAAUUUCGUUUGCCAGGCCACUGAUGGCUGUGUGUGUCGCAAAGGAUUUACCGGACCAAAUUGUGAUUUAACCAAGGCUGAGCAGCAUAUCCAGGAGGCCGAGCGUGAUACAGGUCGUGCCGGCUUAGCGUGGGGUCUUUCAUUGGCUAUACUCUUUGUGGCCAUUAUUAUUGCUGUUAUAUUCUAUUAUCGGCGAAGGGUGUCCAAUCUCAAAACAGAAAUUGCCCAUGUUCAAUACAUCAGCGAUCCCACACAAGGUUGGCCAGAUCGUCAUAAUUUCGAUAAUCCUGUGUAUGGAAUGCAGGCCAACAAUUCGGAAACUCGGCUAUUGAAUAAUCUUAGACCUAAAAUUAAUAAUCUUAAUUGUGGUGGGGAUAUGUAUGCCGAUGAUUCGAAUGCCAGUAGUAGAGCCGGCACCUAUUCCAUUAACUACAAUCACGACAUGUUUGCCAAGAAUUUCAAUGCCGAUCUGACCAAUCCCACAGUGUACAAUUCAUUGGAAGGCCUAAAGGAGGAACAUGUCUAUGAUGAAAUUAAACAGAAAGAGGGUUACAAGGAUCCGGUUAAAAAUUAUAACAAAACUCUAUUCCCCGAGGGUAAGAAGAUAAAUAUCAUGUCAAGUUCAAGUUUCAAUCACAACACAAGCCCUCUUCCACCUUUUUUAAAUGCCUGGCCAUAUGAAUACGAUCACCUGGACUACUCGCGACCAAGCACCUCACAAAAACCCCAUUAUCAUCGUAUGAACGAUUCAAUGUUGAAUAUAAAUCGUGAUGAAGAGAAACCCAGUAAUUUGAAAACCAUGGAAGUGUUACUGAAGAAAUGUCUACCACCCGAUGUGGGAGGAGGUGGUGAUGAGACUGAAAAUGAAGAUAACAAUGCGGUCUGUAGUGCCAGUAUAGCGGAUGAUAAUAAUGAUAAUGCAUCGACAGCCUCACCAUCAACCAGCUCCAAACAAAUAAAAUAAGUUAGAGAGGGGUUUCAUAGAAUAUUAUCAUCAUACAUAGAUAUACGUUGCGAAAAAGAAAAGUCUGUUUAAGCGUGAACAAGAGAUUUGCUCAAGCAAUGGCUAAAUAAAUGGGGGAUAUACAUACAUUUUAGUAAUAUAAGUGUCAUAAAUUCAUAGAAAAAAGGACAAUAUUUUUUUAGGAUAUCAAAAAAAAAAAAAACUCCCCGAGAAGAAAAGCAACUCACUCAAUAAUACCCCCUAGGAAUUUUAUUAAGGAGUUUGUUCAAAAAAUUUUUUGCAAAGCGAAUAACAUUUAAAAACCCUUUAGUUUUAAGUGCUCCGUUUAACGAUCUCUGCUAGAAGUAUGUCAUAUGUCACUUUUAUCAGAGUUCCUUUUGUGAAUUUUUAUUUUAUUUUGAAUUUACGAAAUUUUUAUCGCAUAGGGUUCGCUUAACGUACUAUCAUUGUUUUAUAUAUUUUGUAAUUAUAUUCACAUUUAAAUUUCAUGAAGAAAACAAGAUUUCUCAGAAUUGUAUUUAUAUAUUUUAGUUUAUAGGUUAAUGCAUAAUUAUUAACCUUUUUUUAGGUUAAUUGUGCAUUUUGUUUUGUAAGAUAUUUUUUUAAUUGCAGAUAUUAUUUUAAUUUGCUCACAUUUUGCUCAUUGAAUGAAGACUAUUUUCAUUGAAAUAGAUUUUUGUAAAUUUUAUUAAACCUCAUUUCUUUGUAUAUUUUUUUGUUUUAUUUUUGAAUUAUUUUAAGUUUUUCUUUUGUUUAAACCUAUAAAAUGAAAUAAAACAUAUAUUUUAAAUAUAAAUUAUGUCCUACAGCUCGAAUUGAAAAUAAUGUGAAUUUUUGUUUUACGAAAAUAUUUUCUCUUAAUUACUCACAUCUGUGAAAUCUCCUUUUUUAUUAAUGCACUAGGAAAGUCUCAUAACGGUCUUCUGUCCUCCUAAAAAGAAAAAAACUUCUGCUGUCUAUAGAGGAACUUUUUUGUAUUAUCCAUCUACCCAAAAAUGUUUACAUAAAGCACUUCUUAAAGGUAUCCUUUUUCGUUCUAUAGAAGAUAUCAUCAAAACCGCCUUCUCUCAAAUGGACUCCUCUAAAAGGCCCUUUUCAGGAAGAUAUCAAAAAUUUUCCUCUUAAGAAGUCCCUUGAGGUUCUUUGAUCUCUACAUAUUUUCAAGUCCAUAGAUAACAGUUUUUUUUAUUUAAUACCCUAAAAGUUUCUGAAUAAUGGAUAACCUCUACAAAAUUUACUUUUAAAUAACAUCACAUGAAAAGCCUCUCCUAAACAUCUUCCCACUUCAGUGUUGAUUAAAAAAAAAACUUUUUCUGGAAGACUGUCAAAAGAUCUUCUCUUUCAAUCGCCCAUAAUUUUUUUUCUUGUAAUACCCUACACCACCAGAUGGUCAGCUUAUUAUAGUUUUUGUGCAUUUGUUUGUAACAGGCAAAUGGAAAAGAGGUGAUCCCAUAGUUCUUCUGAUCUUCAUAGAAUCACAUUCUGAGUCGAUUUAUGCAUGUCUGUCCGUCCGUCCGUCCGUCAGUCCACGUAUUUUUGUAAAAAAAGAGAGAGAUUUGAGAUUUUGCACAAAUCAUUGAUUUGACCCAAGGACGAACCAAAUUUAAUCGAAAAAGCUAUAGCUGCCAUAAAUAUUGUUCAUCCGAUUUGUUAUUUUUGUCCUCCGCAGGCGUAAUAUGCACUCUGUAUCAACGAUAUUUGGGACAUAUAUCAAAUAUAGCUUAGAAAUACCCUUGCCAAAUUUGAUCGAGAUCGGUUCAGAUUUGGAUAUAGCUCCCAUAUAUAUCUUUGUCCGAUUUGUAUUUUAUUGGGCACCAAACGUCUAAAAUUAGCCCUGCCAAUAGGUAGGUUAAGUCCCCAUAUGAUGGUACCUCCAGAUAUUCGGUAUUUUGAUGAUUUUAGCGACAUCAUUCACCGGAAUUGUUUCAAAAUUGGUAUUUGAAGUUCGAAAUGGAUUCUACAGCCUAUGACAGAAAAUUGUCUGUACGAUACCUCCCAAUAUUCGGUAUUUUGAUGAUUUUAGCGUCAUUAUUAACCGGAGUAGUUUCAAAUUACGUAUGUAGAGUUCGUAAUGGGAACUUAAGUCUGUGACAGAAAAUUGUCUAUGCAGGCCCAGGUCUUCGUAUAGGCCCCAUAUAUCAGUACCUCCCUAUAAUCGGUAUUUUUAGAAUUUUAGGUAGAAUACUCACCGAAAUUGUUUGAGAUGUAGUAUUUGAAGUUCGUAUGGAUGCUACAGCCUGCGACAGAAAAUUGUCUAUGCAGGCCCAGGUCUUCGUAUAACUCCGAUAUAACGGUACCUCCCUAUAUACGGUAUUUUGAUAAUUUUAGGUACACUAUUCAACUUUUAUAUCAAGUUCCGAAUUUUAAUAUGGUUCGGUUAUAUUCGGCAUUUUUAAGAUUUUAACAGAAUUUUUAACGAAUUUUUUUUUUUUUUUUUUGAUUUUUUCAAAUUCGUUCCAAAUGGUGGAGGACAUUCAAAGUUCGGCCCGGCCGAACCUACUGCUUUUUAACUGGUUUUAAUUCGAAUCUUCCAAAAUCCCUACGACAACUUUCUAACACCUUCUGCAACAUUACUAUAAUUUUAAAAGUAAUGUCGCAAUAUUUUCCGGACGGACAAAAAUAGUUAUCUCUCAAAUCAGAUGUAAGCUAGGUCAUGUCAUUCACGAAAUAGGUACUAGUUAAAAAGAAUAGUGUUAUAUGGCGGUAUAUAGCGUUACUUUUGAGUUUAAAAACUGUUGGGAGCUCCCUAAAGUAUGCUAUAAAAAUUUGAAAAAGUUAACUUUACAUAAGACUCUAACAUAAUGUGUAAUCGGGCUUCAAGGUCCAAGGAAAUGAAAACACCACUCCAAAUGUGUGUUUUAAAAUUUUUAAUUCAACUCUAAAAUUGAAAUAGUGUUUUUUCGAGUUCAUUUUCCUAUCGUCAAAUAGAAUUAGGCCCUACAACCAUUUUAUUUUGGAACUAUUAAACAAAUGUUUGAUUUCUGGAUUUUAUCUGAAAUUUACAGCUUUCUGGUAUUUAUAUCAGCAUCCUUUAAAAUAUUUAAUAAAUAUUAAUUUUUAUAAGAUUUCUCUAUUUUUUUUCGAGUUAUAGCCCCCCUAAAAAUUAUCUUAAAAAAUAUUGAAAUUGAAAAAAGUACCUACCCACAUGUAAACAUACACAAAUUACCUUCAUCCUCUCUUCCCAUGUUUAUAAAAUAAGCAUUUUUAAAAUACACAUAUAUUUAUAGACAAUAUGCAAAAUGAAAAAAAAAACAUAACAUAUCAUGGUAUUAGGAUGAUAAAAUAAGUAAGUCCCAAGUCACAUGGGGUUAAUGACUCAAUGUGAAAAAUCAUAUAUAAUACAUAUAACCUAAAACUACAACAAGUAUUAGACCCCUACGACUUACCUUAUUUCCAUGCCAUGUCAGUGGAUAUACAAAAAACAAUAGAUCUUCAAAACAAGAUUUCAUCGAA